UCCCCUACGUGGUCCGCAGGGGCGUCCGCAGACCAGCAGCACCCACAUCGCAGAAGUCAAUCCAGCGGACAUCCGACAAACGGAUCUGUGGCCGCGGGAGCAAACAAAUCCGGGCCGCCGUCGCUUCCUGAAGUGCUUUUCACGGAAAUGCUUCACCUGAAGUUUUCCUUCGGACGGUGAAAGUUUGGAAAGUUUGGAGUUGGGGAGGAAGGACGCAGCAGGGGGACGCUUCCAAAUGGAGAGAGGGUGAAUCAACCCAUCUGGAUCAGAAAAGUUCAACAAGGGUGUAGCUCCAGUGUGAGGUGGUAUGUCAAACCGUGACUCGCUGGGGUUUGGGGACCUGAUUCCCCAGGAUGUGGUUGAUAUUUUUGCCCAGGAGAAGCAUAGCAAAAGGGGCCGGAAGAAGCGCAGUCACUCCCUGGGCCGGGCUUUGGGCUGGCUGAAGGGCAAGAAGAGGAAGGAUCUUGGUGCUAAGGGGCAGGGCCUGGGUCUCGGUCCUGCGCUUGACUUGGCUCUGGACGGGCACCCUACUGGGCAUCAGGGUGGACACAAAGGAGGACAGAGAGGAAGACAGGCUCACCCACAAGCUGUCCCAAAGCGAGAUGACGAUGACAAGACCCUGUCGCCCCCGUUGUUCCAGGAGAACGUGUUCAUUGAGGCCAGCAGGCCCAAGUACCUGGAGAACCUUCACACUGAAGCCCUGGAGGGAUUGAAAAUGAUGCAGCAGGAAGAAACCAACAAUGGAGUGGAGUACCAGGAUAAUGAAAGCACCGUCUCGACGAUGACAGUCCACACAGAUGGGGAAGGUGGAGGAUUUGUUACAGACAGUACCAUCGCUGACACAACUUCUGUCAUCUCUGUACAAUCAUCUGUGUCCACAAGAUCAUCCCGCUCUGGACUCACCAGACAAGAAUCAACAUUCAGGCCCUUGAGCUCUGGGAAAAAGUCAGAAAAGGCCAAGAGGAGAAGACACAAGAAGACUGCUGACGGUAUCCCAAAGCAUGUUCAGAGAGAACUGGGUCUUGACAGGGUGGGUUGGACAGUGACUCAGAGGUUAGAUGAGGAACAGCUUUAUAAUGGUGAAACUGAUGACAGCCCAACCACUGAUGGGCCACAGCAGGCAGCAGAGUCACAAAAAGGAGCCAGUGCCAACACCAUCCAGCCCCUCAACAAAGACCAACUUGAGCAGCUUGGUGCUACCCAUGCUGGUCAUGGGGAUGACCUGGCCCUGCUGCAUUGCCUGGGCCCUGACUUGUCUGGUGAGCAGAGGCCUCAGUCCCUGGCCGUUCCCUGGAUGACCACUGCCAACAGCCUCCAGCAGGAGCCACCCAGCCCUGUCAUGUCCAUGUCACCCCAGGCCGCCUACAUGUCCAAAAUCAUCCCCAAUGCUGUGUUGCCACCCUCCAUCGAUGUGGUGGAAAUCAGCCGUGGACGGAGUCGCAACAGUGUCCGCACUGUCAGCAAGAGCAGCCUGCUGUUGUCCAGCCCAGCCCCCUCUCGUGCUUCCUCUAGAGCCUCCACCAUCACCUCCGCCUCCCGCAACUACGCUCCCCAUCUGUCUGACAGCUCUUGUUGGAGCAACUCUGAAUCCUCAGAGACCUUGGUAUCUGACUCCUCAACCAUCUCCAGCAGUAGUACCCCCAGACAGAAGAAGUCACAGGAUAGAGAUGGUUCUGCAAAAGAGGACAAGAUCAGUGUUCACUCCUCCAUCAGCAAGGCUUCAAAAUGCACCUUGAAUGGCAAGCUUGUUAUUAAGAGAGAUGAGGUUAAGAAAGAGGGGCCAUUUGUGCGAAGUCUCUCUGUCAUGAAGCCAAAGAGGGCUCCCCCUCCACCAAACCGCUCCUAUUCCCUUCACAAUAAGAUGAAGCGACGGUCACGUGAUCUGGCGGAGGUUAGGGUCAUUUCAGGGGAAUCAGCCGCAGGUGAGGAAAAUGGCAAAAACAAAUCUGGAUCUUCUCCUAUGCCCUCCAGAAUCAUAGACAGCCCUGGAUACAAUGCUGACACCAGUUCUCUGGACGACUCUGCAGGUUCGGUGUCUUUCAGUCCUAUCAGAUCCCAGCUGCAGGCACUAAAGGCAGAGGAAGCUGCGAAGGCAGAGGAAACGGUUUCCAAACACGCUUCACAAGAGAAGCAGGAGGCUAUGCCUGAGAAUAAGCUAAGCAAGACAGUCUCUCCGUCCAGCGGCUACUCUAGCCAUGAUGGCACAUCUGUACAGCUUUCUAAACCAACCCACAGCUCAUCUCCAAGGCACAAGAGAGGCAUCUUAGGUAAGCUUCAAAAGUUUUUUCCUGGAUCCACUCCUGCUGCUUCAACUCGACCCCCUCCCACACAGCCAGAGACUCCUGAAAACACAAAACCUAUAGAGGAACCUGACAGUGUCAGCCCUUCAGUAAGGGCAUUGAGAGAACUCUUCAAUAUCCCUCCACCACCUAAAGUCCAUGCACCUCCACCUCCUCCUCCAGAGGUAUGGGCUCACAGCAAGCGUACCUUUGAGUUGCUGCUGGGACCCCCGGCACCUGAUAACAUUCAAGCCAUCAUAAAGAAGAAUCCAAAGGACAGGAGACAACAGAGAAAGUCUCCUUCUGCUUCUACAGAGGGUUCUGUGAAGAGCUUGGUGGUAGAAAGAAAACACAAGUAUCCAGCUCCAACAGUGGAGUCCGUGAAUGGAUCCCUACAUACGCUAGAGACAAAGAAAGUUCAAGAAAGUGAGAUUUUGAAUGCAGAGAUUCACAGAGAGAGCAAUGAUAGAUUAGUCGAGCAGAAUGUUGAUUUGAAAGGAAAUAGAAAAGUGACAGAUAAUAAUGAGAAUGUAAGAGUAAGUGACAUGUUAAAUGGGAUGUUAGCGAAGGCUGUCAUGAGACGUGAAGAUAGGCUGGCAGCAGUGAGACAGGAAGAAAGCAAAAAGACUAACAUGGAUACGCUACCUGCCGUUUCAUUAGUACACCAUCCUCCAUCUCCCCAAACCCCCUCUAAACAGACCACAGAGGUUGUUUCUGUUCCACCAAUACAAGUUGUAUCCCCUGAGUCAUUCUGGCCUCCACCACCUCCACCAAUGGGCAUCGGUGGGCCUGAUGAAAUUGAUUUUCCCCUUCCGCCUCCCCCAAUGUUUGGUGAGGAGGCGUUAGUUAUACCUGUUCAGGUGCGUGGUGGUGACCCUUGUGAAACUACGUCUGUUUUAUCGGUGGUGAAAACAGAAUGUGUUAGGGUGACCCCAGAGGCUGAACCACAGCAGCCCAGUACGUCCAAGGGGUUCGCACCUCCACCACUGAAUAUCCCACCUCCCCCACCAUAUACGGCUCCUCCACCACCAGUUGAAGCAGUCUACCAUCCUACGGUUAAAAAGGUGUCUCCUCCGCUGCCUAAAGAGUUUUCUCCUCUGCCACCACUUAAAGAAGCCUCUCUGCCACUGCCUAAAGAGGUUUCUCCUCCUCCACCACCACCACCACCUAAAGAGGUUUCUCCUUUGCCAUCACCACCCAAAGAGGUUUCACCACUGCCCCCAUCACCACCUAAAGAGAUUUCUCCACCACCACCUAAAGAGGUUUCUUCUCUGCCACAACCACCUAAAGAGGUUUCUCCUCUGCCACCACCACCUAAGGAGGAUUCUCCACCACCGCCUAAAGAGGUUUCUCCACCACCACCUAAAGAGGUUUCUCCUCUGCCACCACCACCUAAGGAGGAUUCUCCACCCCCGCCUAAAGAGGUUUCUCCUCUGCCACCACCACCCAAAGAGGAUUCUCCACCACCGCCUAAAGAGAUUUCUUCACCACCACUUAAAGAGUUCUCUCCUCCUCUGGUCCAAGAAGCACCCCCUCCUCUUGUUAAAGACGUCUCCUCCACACUGGUUACCGUGGUAUCCUCUUCACCAGGUAAAGAGGUCUUGCCUUCACUGGUUAUCGGAGUCUCGCCUUUGGCUCCUCAAGAGGUCUCCACUCUGUCCACUGAAGAGGUUUCUCCUCCAUCUAUGCAAGAGAAUGCCCAUCAGUCUUCUGAGGAGGCAACAUCUGUUAGCAAGCUCACCCCACCACAAAGUAUUCCACCUCCACCACCUCUACUGUCCCAACCCCAGUUGCCAGAGCAAGAGCUUGAUCUUCCUGAAGAGAACGUUCCACUUGAUUCUGAAACUAACCUGGGUUCAUCUAACAGUAUUCUCACUCCCCCUCAGAGUAUUCCACCACCGCCUCCCAUACAGGUUCUCCAUCAACCUCAGGUUGUACCCCUAGACACUGAUGGUCCAGUAGCCCUGGAGGCCUCCAAUUCAUCACCAUCUGAAGCCUCUAUCCCACCAGCUCUUGAAAACUCUGCAUCAACAGAAAAGGCUCAAGAACCUGCUCCUUCUCCACCUGUGAACAUUCCUUUACCUCCAUCUUUACCUGUGCAGGGUCUUGCCAGCGUUAAGCACCAGCCUAGUCCUGCAAACACAGAAAACCAAACCCAGGAGCUGACCUCUGACCCUGUUGUACAGGAGGAACCCACUCCCAUUGUCACCCCCUCCCUCCUGCAGAUGGUCAAGCUGCGGUCCAUCAAUAGCAGCCCUGAGCCUCCUAAAGCUCAGGAGGAACCAGAGGCUGAAGUCACAAUGAGGAGUCAGCAGCCCAGCAGUCAGGUCUCAACCUCAUCUGCCAGUGGUGAGGCUCCUCAGAAGCCCAUCAGAAGGUCUCUGAUCAUGAUCUCUCCUACAUCCACUUCUCCACCUGCCAUAGCUACUUUGCAAUCAGCUCUGCCCAAGUCGCAAUCUCUUGUGGUUCCACCUGCAUCUUCAACUACAGUCCUCUCCCCUACCAAAAAGUCUCCUCCUGCCAUGACCGCCUCUCCUUCCAUGAACCUACAGGAGGCCAUCCGCCUGAGGACAGCAGCCAGAUCAAAAGGCAGCCCUGCAUCUCGCCUCAGCUUGCACUCACCAACAUCACCAGUAGACCUCCAUAAGUCCCCCUCCAGCACAGCAAGCUUUAUCUUCUCCAAGAGCAACAAGAAGGUGGUGAUUGAGACCAAGCCAGCGCCGGAGACCAAGGCAAUCACACAGAAGAACAUGGAGGUUUCCUCUGAAACAAAGGUAGUGAGUGAAGCAGAAUUGGUGAAGAAGGAAGUGAAGGUGCCACCACCUGUUGCAAAGAAACCCAAAACGAAGGGCAAAGAGAUUGAGACUAGUGAAGGGAAGGAGCAAACUGCAGGACAGGAAGCACUGCAAGAGAGUAUCAAGGAUGCUGCAGAGAAAACAAAUGGGACAGCAGGUACUGUUGAAGGAGGAGGGACGCCAUCCAACAUGAUUGUAAAGACUGAAGGAGACCUGGGAAGGAUUUAUUAAUUCCACUGAAUUUGCUGCAAGUCAGUCUUUGUGUGUGUGUGAAAGACAAGAAAGUGGAUUUGGAUAGAUGAGAUGCUUCUUUGAUAUUAAUGGUGUGGGUCUUAAUUCAUGCAAGUUCUCACUUUGCAUUUUACUAAGAAUAAAUACAGUACGUUUUCUUUUGCCAGAGGGUCCUCUGAGCUUUACAGCUGCAUGAGAUGGGAAUAUAGCGCCCUCUAGUGUCGAGCAAUGAUUGUACCACUUAUGUCCUGCUGAAUCAGACCUUUGUCAGUACUCGUAACAAUGGGACUUUUGGGUGCUCAUCUGUAAAUAUAGCAACACAGAGUUCUGUUCUGUAUUUUUUUCCAAAAGAGUUUCCACACCAGUCAUAUUUGUUAAAAAUAUUGAUUAUCUUAAGUUAUUUUUCCUGUGUUCUUGUUCAGAGGAGGGUCUCUGCAGACAGAAUGUCUUCUUUGCAAUAUUGUGUUAAACCCUAAUAUCAUUUAAAUCAAAUUUGUUUAUAUAGCUCUUAAUCAUAUCCAAAUGUUUGUUCUCAAAAUCCCUUGUGUCAUUUUGUAUGAUUGAAAGCUAUGCAUGUGCAUGACCAUUAAUGUCACAGAGACGUGAGCAGACACAUAAAGCAAUACUACAAUCAUUAUUGUGGAGCACAUUUUCUGCUGCUUUUAGUUACUGAUAAUGGAGACGUCUUUCCUCACAGUUAUGGUUCAGACAGUGGGAUAUUUCUGUGUUGAACUCUAAUAUAUUUGACUGGUUUCAGAGACUAAUGUAAUAAAUGAUUAUUCAUAAUGGAAAGAAUAAAGAUUU